AGAAAGAGAGCACAAGCGAGUUGUCAGCGGCAUUAGCGGUGGAUUCAAUUGGGUAGACGUCGACAGUCCUAUUUUAGAUAAUUCAGCAGUCAGGGAUAUUUGUACUUUGAUCUGGAAGAUAUGUUCAGGCGAGUUGUGCGAGCGAGCAAAUUCCGUCAUGUCUUUGGCCAGGCGUUGAAGAAUGACCAGUGCUACGAUGACAUCAGAGUGUCACGGGUCACAUGGGACAGCUCGUUCUGCGCCGUCAAUCCCAAGUUUGUCGCCAUCAUCAUAGAAGCCAGCGGGGGCGGGGCCUUCCUGGUCCUCCCUCUUAACAAGGCGGGCCGCAUUGACAAGGCCUACCCCACAGUGUGUGGUCACACAGGCCCUGUGCUGGACAUCGACUGGUGCCCCCACAAUGACCAGGUCAUCGCCAGCGGCUCGGAGGACUGCACAGUUAUGGUGUGGCAGAUCCCUGAGAACGGACUGGUUACUGGCCUGUCUGAGCCUGUGGUGGUCCUGGAGGGACACUCCAAAAGGGUUGGCAUCAUCACAUGGCACCCCACGGCACGCAACGUCCUGCUCAGUGCUGGCUGUGACAACCUGAUCAUCAUCUGGAAUGUGGGGACAGGCGAAGCCAUGAUUCAGCUGGAGGACAUGCACCCUGACGUCAUCUUCAGCGCCUGCUGGAACCGCAACGGCAGCCUCAUCUGCACUGCCUGCAAGGACAAGACCAUCCGUGUCAUCGACCCCCGCAAGGAGGAGAUCGUAGGGGAGAAAGAGAAGGCCCAUGAGGGGGCACGGCCCAUGAGGGCCAUCUUCCUGUCGGACGGAAACGUGUUCACCACGGGCUUCAGCCGUAUGAGUGAGAGACAGCUAGCCCUGUGGAACCCGCAAGCCAUGGACGAGGCCAUCUCAGUGCAUGAGAUGGACACCAGCAAUGGAGUUCUCUUGCCCUUCUAUGACCCAGACACCAAUGUGGUUUACCUGUGUGGUAAGGGUGACAGCAGCAUCCGCUACUUUGAGAUCACGGACGAGGCCCCAUUUGUCCACUACCUCAGCACCUUCACCACCAAGGAGCCCCAGAGGGGGAUGGGAUACAUGCCCAAGAGAGGUCUGGAUGUCAACAAGUGUGAGAUCGCCAGGUUUUAUAAACUGCACGAAAGGAAGUGUGAACCUAUCAUCAUGACUGUGCCCAGAAAGUCUGACCUGUUCCAGGACGACCUGUACCCAGACACGGCAGGACCAGACUGUGCCAUCGAGGCGGAGGAUUGGUUCGAGGGGAAGAAUGGCGAGCCCAUCCUCAUAUCCUUGAAGAACGGCUACGUCCCUGGCAAGAACCGCGACCUCAAGGUGGUCAAGAAAAACAUCCUGGACAACAAGCUGAGCAAGAACACGGAGAAAAGGGGCCCAGCCAACAAGUCUGCCUCGCCCACUCCAUCUAGAAAAAACGAAGCCAAGCUGGAUGAGGUCUUGAAAGAAAUCAAAUCCCUCAAGGACCUGGUCAGCAGUCAGGAGAAGCGAAUCAUCCAACUCGAGGAGCAGAUGUCCAAGAUCGCCAUUUAAGGACCCUCCCACCAAAAUUCAGGACGAUCCAUUGGCUAGGAGGUGGGCAGGACCCGUCACUGCCAAUCUCAAUGACAGCGUUCCGCCUGAAACCUGCCUAGCAACGAUCCCAAGCAACAUUCCCGAGAUGAACUUUUCUUAGCCAGCCCCUAACCCUCAGUUAACAUGAUGGAAUAAGAGAGAAAUAUGGGAAACUAUUCCAUUCCUUUUAAUAAGUGGCGGUUUAGUCUUGUUUGUUGUAUGAAAAAGUCUUGCAUAUUCCUUUUGCUUUUAAGAUUGUGACCCAAAAAAUUCCAACGUGAACCAUUUCUAUUUGGGUAAACCCAAAUGUUUUAUAUGUAGAUAUCAGUAUUUUGUCUACCCCAACUACUUAUGUUGCCAAAUUUUAAAGGAGUUAUGUUUACACACCUCCUUGACAGUAUUUUUCUUCAAAAACAAUUUUCUCUUUGUUUUCCAGGAAGAUUCAAAAUACAAACUAUAAGGGACCAAUGCAAUAGGCUGGUAAUGCGAGGGGGGAUGGCAGAUUUCAAUAAUCAAACAAUUACUGUAAAAGACAAUGGAGGAGAACCAACUCAUUAUGAGAAACUAUCAAACACUCAAUCCUGAUGUAUCAUAGUAGUUCUGUUGUCUUUGCUGAAAAGCUCUGAGGUGGUGGUGUGAUUCUUGCUGUAAGUGUUCUCGCUCUCCCGCCUGGCUUUUCUGAACCUCUAAAUUCUUCCCUCUCCUCCCAUCUUAACAGGACCACUGUCUGUACACUUGUUAACAUCUCCUGAUUCUGACCAGAGUUAAUACAUUCAUAUAUAUUCUACUCAAGAGAUUUGAAUCUCCACUGUUUAUUCUCCAUAUUUUAUCUCUCUUACUCUAGCUUGUUUUACUAAGCAAGCAGCAAACAUGCAGUCCUUACAUAUAAUUUGAUACCAGGUAUAACUUAUGUUUGCAACUUGAACAACGUUUUGAUCAUCUCCAUCAAUUUUAUGGAACAGAAGGGGUAUCAGUGGACUCCCCUUAGCUUUGUAGAUGAAAACGACAGGUGAGAUGUCACCCUGCACCUUGUACUUCUCGUAGCCUUAGAUGUUCACUUGAACUGUUUUUCUUUUUUGGAGUUGUUUACAAUGCACAUGCCCCAAUCCAAAAAUCCUUUUCAAUCAUUUAGGUGACCUCUGCCAUCAGCAUUGUUAGCGUUCCUGUCAUUUAGGUGACCUCUGCCAUCAGCAUUGUUAGCAUUCCAGUCUUAUGAAACAAAUGUGCCAUAGUUUGCCACUAUGUUCCUUGUUUGUCAUUGUCCCCCUCUGGCCCUGUGACACAGAUGGUAUGUAUGUACUGUAAUAAGUUCUGCACUGUAAGUUACAGUUCUGCUGACUCAUGACAUGGAGUCACCUGGGUGGCUUGUACGGGUUCUUGUGGCAAUGUCCUGUGUGCUGCCCGGAGAAGGACCAAUGGAAUUGUGGUCUAUGUAGCUGGUAAACAUUUCCAGAAGUUUAGUAGUGUAUCAGCCUUGUUCUGCCUUUGAUUUGAUUUGAGGUGUUUGUGCUGUCAUAAACCCCAAUGUUGAACCAUGCCCUUGUGUUCAGGGUGUGUCAGGAUGCUCACUAUUCACCACUUCAUUGGCCCAUAUCCAUACAGCCAACCAGAGGGUGAGUAACAGGGGUGUAUCUGAAACAACAAUUUUGACAAGAUGUAACGUGGAGAGGGAAGGCUUUCAGGAUGUGUGAAUUUGUCUCGAAUGUCUUUGGCCUGGUUGGAGUUGUAGUUUUAUUUUUUUUCAGAUAGAGAAUGUGAGGGGAUUUUUAGAUUAUUAUAUGGAUUCACCAUAGGGUGUGACCAAGGUUCUGGCCAAUGAUAACAGAAUUGUGUGGUGAUGUUAAUAUACUGUGUUUUUAUCCUGUGCUUCCUUCUCCGGCUCUCCCGUUGCAGAUAUCCCACUAUGUACUUAUCAGGAUUUUAAAUAGUUUCCCCUUAAAUACUCGCUCACAUCACUAGAGAAUCAGAGGAACACGGAGUCGUUUGGAUCGUCCGAAUAUUUGAUGGUGUUGCCAACUGCGAUAAUAGUUCUGUUGUCAUGCUAUUUUUGUUAUGCAUAUUUUUUCAGCGGGAGGGUGGGUUAGGUUUAAGGUUGAGUUUGUUAGCCUUUAAAGUGUGUUGCCAUUGAAGAGAUCAGAAAGUGCCAUAGUUGUGCACAGGAAGUGCUUAAUGAUGACUGGUUUGAGAAUGGUGUGAGUUAUUUAGCAGGAGAGUGGAUAGGCACCCUGAGAGGAACUUUGACAGUGUGUGUUGGGCAUAGAAAGCACUGAGAUGUAUGCUUAUCAAUCACUCCAUCUUGGCCUCACAGGAUCUAAGAUUACAUCCGAGGAUGCAAUUUUACACGAAAUAUGCAUUGUCUGGUGUUCUGUAAUAUUUUAAUGGGGUUGAGAAUUACUUCAAUGUGUUCUACUGUGCUGUAGAGAUAUGAAUCAGUCAGGGGAGGGUGUCUUGGGCCUUGUCCUGUACUGCCCUGUAAGUGCUUCUUCUCAGCCUCCUUGGUCCACUCAAGGCAGCGAGAGCUGUGAUGUUUGGAAUAUUGGUGAAUAGCUAUUCAAAGGGACACUGUAGGUUGGAGAAAUAUGCUGUAGAGAGAUGUAUGUGAUGUUUGAAAUAAAGGCAUAGAAAAUGAUUUAAAGCUUUGUAAAUAUUUGUUUUCAUUUAUUUGUUUUGUUUAUUGUUUUGGGCUGCAGUGUGUUUGGGAGUUGGGUUCUGGUGGGUUUUGAACGUUACCUCUUGUCUGCGUUCCUUGCCAUAAUGCGUCAUGACUGAACAGAAUCUCCAUUCUAUCACGUGUUACAAAUACAAAAGAGAAAUGAAUAACAGAAGAAGAAAAAAAACUAGAAUUCAGCCUCUUGUGGAGGUCUGUAGAGCAUUUUUCUUUCUUUUUUUCUGCUUCAAGUAUCAAACUUAUCGAUUAUCAGAAAUGAAUAAAGAAAUAAAAAAAUUAAA